CAACGACCACCAAUGAAUAUUCACUGAUUCAACCUCUUUCUUAUCUUGUCCUAACUGUGUGUGUAUGUGUGUCUGUGAGAGAUAUGGGUGAACAGAGCAUCCAAACUCCAUUUUUGAAACGUGGAGAAGAACACAAAAGCUGCAAGAAAAUAUGGAGAUCUGUAAUCUGGUUAUUGAUUUCACUCACAGCUCUAAUUUUGAUCUACAUUACCACAGGAGAAAACUCAAGUCCAUUGAGUUUGUGGGUACAAGUGGGUGAUGUCUUGAAGUCACAUAAAGUGACAAAUAAGGUACAAUCCAGUGUCGCGGUCGAGUCGUUGGAAGCGGUGGUUGCGGCUGAUGAUGCUCGUUGUUCGGAGAUUGGUGUAUCGAUUCUUCGAGCCGGUGGUCAUGCGGUGGAUGCGGCGGUUUCGGUUGCGUUGUGUGUAGGCGUGGUGAACCCGAUGGCUAGUGGCAUUGGUGGUGGAGGGUUCAUGGUGGUCCGAUCAGCGGCUACAUCGCGAUCACAAGCAUUUGAUUUUAGGGAAACCGCUCCCGCGGCUGCUUCACAGAACAUGUAUCAAAACAAUCUUGACAACAAGUAUAACGGAGCACUCGCGGUCGGUGUUCCAAGCGAGAUCGCUGGUCUUCGCAAAGCAUGGUUAGAACACGGCCGACUGCCUUGGAAAACAUUGUUCCAGCCCGCCAUUCGUCUAGCAAAAGAUGGGUUUAUAGUCGCCCCUUAUCUUGCCAGUUCAAUCUCAAGUUACGCUGCAACGAUUAAAAAAGACCCGGGCCUACAAAAAGUGUAUGCUCCAAAUGGGGAACUAUUACAAGCCGGUGAGACAUGUUAUAACCACCAGCUCGGUUUGAGUUUAGAAGCUAUAGCGGAAGGUGGUCUCGAGGCUUUUUAUAAUGGCCCUAUAGGGGAGGCACUGGUUAAUGAUGUUCGUGCGGGUGGUGGCAUCUUGACAAUGGAUGAUCUAAGGAAUUAUGAGGUCAAAGUUACCGACGCGCUUGAGGUGAACACGAUGGGGUUCAAUAUUUUCGGGAUGCCUGCCCCGUCAAGUGGUACACUUGGGCUAGCUUUGGUAUUGAAUAUUUUAAACGGGUAUGAGAACACGGACGAUGCGAAAGGAAUGUUAGGCUUGCAUCGAUUCGUGGAAGCGUUAAAACAUAUGUUUGGUCUUAGAAUGAACUUGGGUGACCCGGAUUUUGUCGACAUAAGCAAGACCGCUUCUGAAAUGCUUUCCCCUUCGUUCGCGAAGAAAAUUCAAGGCCGAAUUUUCGACAACACCACUUUCCCAUCAGAAUAUUACAUGCCCGGGUGGAGUCAGAUUCAAGACCAUGGGACAAGUCAUUUUUGCAUAGUGGAUGCAGACCGAAACGCCAUAUCGAUGACCACCACCGUGAACUACCCGUUUGGUGGCGGUAUGGUAUCUCAAGCGACCGGAAUUCUGCUAAACAACGAAAUGGCGGACUUCUCGGUACCUACAGAAAUAUCUCCAGACAGCCUUCCUCCUUCACCUACAAACUUUAUUGCACCAAACAAGAGGCCAUUGUCUAGCAUGACUCCAAUCAUCAUAGUCAAGGAUGGUCAAUUGGCUGGGGUUAUUGGAGGGAGUGGUGGAUUGUACAUAAUUCCAGCAGUUUUACAAGUCUUCCUUAACCACUUCAUUUUAGGACUGGAACCUUUAGAUGCUGUUCAGUCUCCAAGAGUCUACCACAAGUUGGUGCCCAAUGUGGUAUACUACGAAAACUGGACAGUGAUUGAUGGUGAUCAUAUCGAGCUUUCGGAUGACGAAAAGGAAUUCUUGAAAGAAAGAGGUCAUGUAUUGGAGGCAAAAUCAGGGGGCGCGGUUAGUCAACUUAUCGUUCAAACGUUAAAAACCCCAUUCGAAAACAGAAGAUUGUCUUAUAAUCAUAAGCAGGUUUUCAAAGGGAUGCUUACUGGUGUAAGUGAUCCAAGGAAAGAUGGCAAGCCUGCUGGUUACUGAUUUUCAAUUAGGAUAUUUUUGGUGUUUCAUAUUGUAUUGUUGUAGGGGUGCUAAAUGGGUUACACUAGUUGUAUGAUUAAAUAUUUAUUUAUAUGUAUUUAAUCUAAUAGCCAUCAUUAUCAUUUAUAUAACAUGGAUCAGAAUAUAUUAAAACA